GUCAACUUCAUUUGUUUACGCAGGACUCUAGCUUGAAUUUUGCAAGGUUCAUGGACAUGGUUCUUUUUUGCUUCAUGCAUAUAAGUGGUAAUUAAACUCCAAAUAAUCAAAGGGAAAAAAAUUUAGAAAAACAGGCUUAAAAGUAAUUGCAGAAGCAGGAACAUAGAGAGAGAAUUAUGUCUAACGCCAAGGAACAAACUUCCCCAAAGGGAAAAAGCCAGAGCCAGAGCCACAAGCAUGGAAUGCUGGGAGGGCUACCUUUAGAGAGCAGCCCCUAUCUCAAGUACAAAGAUUUGGAGGAUUACAAGCGCAAGGCCUACGGCAGCGAAGGACACCUCGAUGUUAAGGAAAACCAAGGCGCAAGUGGCAGCACUGACGCCCCUACACUUUCCGGGGCUGCCAUAUCCGAUGCUAAUAAGACCAUCCUCACCCAUGCUUCCACCAACUAGGGCGGCAGGCAUUGCCUGGAAAACCAGGUUCUAGCUAUUGGGCAAGGCGUGUCAGCAAUAACCCAUGUUUCAAUUAACGUUAAUAACAAUUACCAAAUAGUUGUAAGUAGUAGUUUUUAUUUUUUGGCUCCUCAAAUAAUCAAUGGUUCUCCAUUGCAGAUUCAAUUUUACAGCAAUUGUAAUUAAUUUUGAUUUUUUGUUUAAUGUCUAUUAAUUUGAUUAGAGUUUUUGAUUACCAUUUUUUAAUGUUACUAUAACAAGAACAUGUUAGAUUUACCUACACAUAGGUGCAUGUCGACCUCAAAAUUAGGCAAUUGUUUACAUAUAUCUAUGGAGAACAAAGCAUACCAAUUAAUUUUUUUUUUUUUUUUGGUUAUGAAAACACCUAUUAAAUUAACUUAAACUUCUUUUCACCAAAUAUUGUGUAUUCACAUUUCACUAUAAAAAAAAAAACUAAUAAAAGUCACAAUUGAUUUAAAAAAUACAAAAGUAAUAACAAGGC